UUGCAUGCCUCUGGUACUUGGGCAUCUGUAGCCCACAGUGGCUGAUACACUUGGUUUUGUUCUUUUUUUUUUUUUAAGGACUUGGGAUGCACUUUCUCUCCUGUAGGUUGUUCUGUUUCCUUGGCAGAGUAGCAAUAACCUUUUUUAUACUUUUAUUAAUUAUCCAAAGCAAUGAUUCUGUCAGACUGGAUGGAAGUUCCUGCAGGGUAUGGCAGCCCUAUUAUUUAAACAGCCUUAAGGUUUUCAGCUGGAAGGUGUGACUCAAUUCUUGCUUCUCUUCAGCCUGGGCUGAGUGUGACUGCUCUGAUGGUGAAGGUUCGGGGCUUUUUUCCAGAUACUGAUGUAAAUAUAAAUGAUUUUGAAAGGUUAAUUUUCUUCUGUUGGAUAACCAUGCUCUUGUUUUUAUUUCCCCUUCUGUCGGAGUACCUCUUGUGAUGCUCUCCAAGGACUGGUUGUCUCUGGCAAUUUUGGAAUAAAUCCUUAACAGCCCUGACCCUGGCUAGGGCUGUCCAAGGCUGAGCAGUGCUGCAGUCUAUUUUUAGGGUUGUAAUGUGCCUUCUCUUAAGUCUUGGAUAACAGUUAGCGAGCAAACGAUGAGCAGAGUACUUGGUGUUACUUUCCUUUGCCAAAAUGAACCUGCUUUGCCUUUCGCAUAGGGAUGUGGGAUGCUUCCUUUCCACAAUUCACUGUUUGCAAAGUGAGGAUAGAAGUAGACAAGGAAACUGCAGAUCUUGAGGGCAGGACAGAACCUGGACUUCGCUGGGUGUGUGAACUCCCUACCAUGACUAAAUGGUGACGUGCUUCUAGGAUUUGGUAACAAAGCUUCUGUCAGACAAUAGAAGUCGGUGGCUGUUGUUCCCUGAGCACUGUGUGGGUAGGUGGGCUUCCAUUUCAUGUGAGAACUGAAGGCAGUGGUUGCCCCUGCCUAAGGGAGCUAUCUGUGUCAGUGAGGCUGCUGUCACCAUGGGCAGAUGUUCUUACAAACUUGUGGGAAGUAAGGGAUGGGGCUUGUUUGUUCAGUGAAAACCCCUGACUGUCCUAAAGAGUUGACUUGAUUGGUUUGUGGCGUCCUCUCCAGAAUCCAGCACGUUCAAAGCAAACUGCUGAGCCAUGCUGAAAAUCUCAUCCAGUCUUGACUUUAAGCUCUGGCUGACAACUGAAUUCCAUGGUCUGGAAUUACUUUUUUUUUUUUUUCCCUAGUGCUUUCAGCUUUGCUGUGCAGCACCUAACUGCAGAGUAAGAGACAAGUCUUGCAGUGAGCUUUGCUGGCAGACUGAACCUCACGGGAGCUGUCACGUGUCUGCUCGUUCCAGACUGAGGCUGGUGUCAUUCCUGGUAAUGUACCUGGAGGCUUGGCACGGACUCCACAAGCAGAAUUAAGCAGUCAACAUACAUAAGCAACACAGGUCUACUAAGCACAAGUCUUAACACUUCUGAGUUGUAACAAAGGCCAUAUCACAUAGCGAGAUACUGCUAUCACCUUUAUUAUGUUUACUAGCUUUUACUGCCAAAAAUGGAUAUACUUACCAUACUGAUACUAAUCCUUUCUUGGUUUUUACACCUGCAUGUUUUUCACUGGUGAGUUGGGAGAUUGUGUAUUCACUGUAGUUGUCUUCAGUGUGCUGUAGUGCCCUCCUCCUGUACCACAGACUGGCUGGUGACACACUGUGCUGUGUUUGCUCUGCUCCUAAUUGGAGGCCAGUUAAAGUUGUGUUUUUCUCCUGUUUUAAUAAGGAAAGUCGUCUUAGGGAGAGAAAGCAGAAAUAUUCUGGGGUGAGUGAGAACAUGGGAUUAAUAGGAUGGAGCAGGAGGUGUCUGGUCCCAGCCAGCAGUGUAUUUAGCAUGGUGACAGUCUGUUGUGUUGUUUAAGUUCAUUAUAUGAGGAUAAUUUUUUUUCUCAGAUAAACACAACUGAUCUCAUUUCCCUCUGGCCACCUGAGUGUGGGGCCGGUGACUGAACUCCGAUGCCCCAUGGGUCGGGUGGUGCUGGGCAUUUCUGUUCUGAUGGUCCAGAAGCCUCAGAUUCCCCAGGGUAACCAGGGAGGCUGCGUGGGCUAGCCCUCCAGUAUGGGAACUACUGAACAACCUCUCUCAUUUUAAGCUGACCUUCCUUGGAAGGACAGUGCUCGUUCUGUGUCAGUGGGCAUCUCUCUCUGGAUGUGGACUGUACCUCUUGACCCUCAUCAGUGUUAGGGACAGAAAUGGACAACAGAAAUAACCAAAGCUGGGGAAAGGGGAGAGGGUGGGGGGGGGGGAAUGCUUUAAACUUGGAAUCUGAAACUCAGGUCUUCAAUUGCAGUGGGAUCUGUUCCCAGCGAGUGAUGUAGGGAAAGAGCUGUUUCACUUGAGGUGCAAGUAGGCAACAAGUGUAUGCAGUUUGCUGCUGUCUCAACAUCUGUGUGCUUACCCUACUUCAUCUCUCAUGUUCUGAGGCAGAAAGCUUUAAUCUGCUCUGGACUCUUCUUAUGUCAGAGUUUCCAAAAUACAAGUGAUAGAUACACAUCUAGCAGUUAACAGGCUGGGCCUGGCAGAGGAGCAGGAAGUUAAAAGCAUAUCAAAGUUAGCAAAAGCUGUUUCUUUAGAGCUCUGCUCUGUUCAGCAAGUGCAGUUGUGUGAGUGCUCCCUCCGGCACCGCCUUGCUUCGAGUCCUGGGUGAGUUCCUUACACCUAUUUCUACAGAGAUGGGUUGGGAGCACAGAGGGGUGGGCUGUCCGUGUCUGCCUCAGUGUGAAUCCCAGAGAGCUCUAAACACAGAGGCAGGUGUCUCCACAAAGGGAACGUGUCUGAUCUGUGUGUAAUAGUAAAAGGGAGGGGUGAACUGAGGAGCCCCCAGCUCUGGGUAGGUUAGCAUGGAGCCCUGAGGAGCUGAUGAGCAGAAAGCUUUGCUACGUCCCAUGCUGUGCUCUCUUGGCUCUAAUAAUGGCAUUAGCACCAAAGCAACACGCAGUAAGACUGCAGAAUUUCCUCCCUUGUAGCUCUCUAAGCUGCUCAAUAGACCACUUAGAUGUGCAGGCGUUCUGCUGUUGUUUGCAGAGCAACAGGAGGCUUUGUCCAAAGCACUGGUGGGGAUUAACCACUGCAGAGAUGUGGAAAGUCUUGUUCUGUGCUCCAGCUGUCCUGGCUAACAGUCGCCUUGGUUUAACGUGUUAACAUCUGAGAGCAAGGCAGAGUGUCAUCUCCACAUGUGCAGAGCAGGCCUUUGUCUUUCUGGAAUCUGCCACACAAAGGAAGGCCUGCAAUGAAGAAAGCAUGGCUCGGACUGUAAAUAAAUCCUUUCAGAUUCCGGUUGCACAACCAAAGGAAUUGAGCAAAUUCCAGCUUUUUUUUUUGAACUGUGACAUGCCUUUGUUUUUACCACACUCCAGAUUGGCCAAUCCCAUCUUACACUGCCCUGAAAACAAUGGGCAAGGAGUUUUCAUGCUGGCUUGCCAAUGGCUGCAGCUGUGCUCGUUGCAGGUGUCUUGGUGCCGUGGCCGCAGCAGUUGUGCGCUGCCUUCCCCCGCUGCCUUUGCAUGCGUCCAACUCGUUUCUCAGGAGUGGUGGGGCCGGAUGAGAUGAGGGUGACGCUGCGUGUUCUGGACGCUGUGGCCCAAACCCAAGUGCCAGCAGUAGUAAAGCUUCCAUCUUUGCUGUGCAGCAGCUCUCAGUGAAACUCAGCUUGGGUUUUGCAGAGACUGGGAAAGGAGCAGCUGAGCUUCUUCUGAUUUAUUUUGCUUGAAACCGUGACUUCUCCCCUCGCUCCUCCUUAAAGCUCUUUUUGAGGGGCUUACGUUUGUGUUUUUCUCCUCAGCGGUGACAAUCAAUAAAGCCCAACUCUGCUGGAAGGAAGAACGCGCUACGGGGGAUUCCUGGAGGCUGCCCCAAUCCAGCAUCUCCCGGCCCCGAUCCAGCAUCUCCCGGCCCAAUGAGCUGGUGUCACCUUAUUCCUCCCUGUGGGUUUAAUCUGCACUCGGAGCAGUGAGGUGAGUCCCUGAUGGAAUAGGGAGAGAACGCCUCCAAAGCGCUGUGACUUGCAGCCCGAAGCACUGACAUUUGGUGAGGGAUGCUCUGCGGUUUGCUGGCCCAGGGGAGGCCCUGGGCUGGAGCUGAGCUGUGAGAUGUCCCCAGUGCCAUUGGGAUCGGUCCAGCAUCGCCCCGCUGCGCGCGGAGCACCGCAUCUGGUGGGUGUUUGGGCUGUUAAAGUGGGUCAAGCGGAAACUCAGGGAGCAUCCAAGCUCGCAGCCCUCGCGCCAGCUCCAUCACAGCUGAAUUAUUCAGGUCCAGCUGAAAAAUUGAAGAGCGCGGCAAAGCUCAGCGGGAACACUCAGCUCAGGGCCCCGGUGCUCAGCCCCAAACCAGCACGGGGCACCCGGGGGGGGCAGGCGGGGUCUGAUGCUGACAUAUGGGAAGGCAGAGUGGGGAAAGAGCGCUCAGAAGGGAUCCAUCCCAGCGCUGCCCUGAGCUGCAGAGGUUCCCGUGCAUCUGGUGCUGGGGUUGGGAGCACAUCUUUGGCUCCGAUCCUGCCUCUGCAUUGCAAACAGCAACAUUUUGGUGGCCUCACUUCAACCCUGUGUGCAUGUCCUGGGGUCGCUUUUGGGAUUUGCUCCUCCAGCUGCACUAAGUCGAAGGGAGUUGGGAAACUCUUCAUGCCAUGAAUUGGAGAUGAUGGGGUUGUGUGAUUUCAGCCCGGGUGGUAGAAUCAGGGGCUGCUCUUUGCCUCGAGGUAUGUGCUCACAGCAUCUCCCAGAGCCCAAAUACAUCCUAAGGAGUCUGGGAUGGUGACCUGAGCCCAGGGGCUUCUAUAGGACCCCCAGCUCAGCUGUGGCAGGAGGGCUGUGAUUGCUGCUGGGCAAGUAACGCUGCCGGGAGUGCGGAGGCAGCAGGGAGAAGGCGUGCACAUAUGCUGCAGCUCGCCCUGCUCUUUUUGUGCAGCGCUCGCGCUGCCGCGAUGCCAAGCUGGGAUUCUUUGGUGUCUCAUAGGGCUGUGCCGCUCCAUCCCUGCCCUGGUGGCGGGGUCAUGGGGGUCCCCUCUCCCCAUCUUUACAACCCAGUGAGGGUUGGGGCUGAGAGUUCAGGAGGGUGGGAUAACACACGGUGUCCCUGCCUGGAGCACCCUCCUUGGAACGUGCAUCCUCUCUGCAGACAGGUGUUCCCACCACUCCGUGCUGCUGGUUCCCCACUUCCAACCCCAACGAUGGGGAGAAGGGGCUUUCCCCAUUCGCUGCCCCCCAAAACCCUUUGGUUUUCUGCAUGCUGCUGACCAGAGCCACAGUGCUUCCAUCUUGCCCAUCUUUGCAGGCGUUCAAGGCCAGGUUGGAUGGGGCCUGAUCUGGUGGGGGUGUGACCAACCCACGGCAUGGGGGUAGGAACUGGGUAAUUUUUAAGGUCCCCUCCAACCUAAGCCAUUCUGUGAUCUGUUUGUCCAUCCAUCUGUUGUUCUCUCCCUCCAUCUGCCCCCCACUCCAGCCAUCCAACCUAACUGUACAUCCAUCCAUCCUAUCCAUCCAUCCAUGCAUUCUACCUGUACUUCUCUCCUUCCUUUCAUCUCCUCAUUGUCCAUCCAUCCUGUCCGUGUGCUCAUCCAUUUAUCCUAUCCAUCCAUCUGUUCAUCAUGCAGAAUUUUUGCUGGAGGUGUUCAAGAAGCAUUUAGCUGUUGUACUGAGAGACGUGGUUUAGUGGGAAAUACUGGUGAUGGGUGGAUGGUUGGACUGGAUUGAUCUUGGAGGUCCUUCCCAACCAUGGUCAUUCUGCGAUCAUCCAUCCACUCCAUCCCUGCAUCCAUCCAUCUUCAGGACAGCCAGUGCUGGACCCCUUUGUGCCAAAAAUGUUUGGAGGGGAAGAGAAAGGUCCCUGCCAUGGGAGCGAAGCUUGCGUCCUAAAUGAAGCCAGAUCAUCCGCCAUGGGAUCGGUGGGAACCGAGCGCUUCAAGGAGCUGAGCCCCGUGGCGACGCCCGAGGGCAACGUGGUGAUGAGCUUCAGCUUCGACAGCUACCAGCUGGAGGAGGACGAGCUGCAGCGGGGCAGCCAGGCCAAGGGCGUGCUCACCUUCAUGGAGCCCGUUUCUGAAGACCCCGAGCCACAGGACCGAUACCACGGGAUCUACUUCGCCAUGCUGCUGGCUGGCGUUGGAUUUCUCCUGCCAUACAACAGCUUCAUCACCGAUGUGGACUACCUGCACCACAAAUACCCAGGGACCUCCAUUGUCUUUGACAUGAGCCUCACCUACAUCCUGGUGGCUUUGGUGGCCGUCAUCCUCAACAACGCGCUGGUGGAGCUGCUGAGCCUGCACACCCGCAUCUCCGUGGGCUACCUCUUUGCCCUGGGCCCCCUGCUCUUUGUCAGCAUCUGCGAUGUCUGGCUGGAGCUCUUCACCCGCCGGCAAGCCUACGCCAUCAACCUGGUGGCCGUCGGGGUGGUGGCCUUCGGCUGCACAGUGCAGCAAUCCAGCUUCUAUGGCUACACGGGGCUGCUGCCCAAGCGCUACACGCAGGGGGUGAUGACGGGAGAGAGCACCGCCGGGGUCAUCAUCUCACUCAGCCGCAUCUUCACCAAGCUGCUGCUGUCGGAUGAGAAGGAGAACACGGUCAUCUUCUUCUUCAUCUCCAUCGGCAUGGAGCUGACGUGCUUCAUCCUUCACCUCCUGGUGAAGCGCACUCGCUUCGUCCGUUACUACACCUCCUGCUCCCGCAAGGGCCACUCUGAGCCCCGCGGGGCCAGCGACCACAGGACAGGCUACCGCGUCCACCACGACGUCACCGCUGAAGACAUCACGUUUGAGGACCGGCCGCAGGGACAGCCGGCGUCUCCCCAUGGCAGCCCGUGCCCUGAAGCUGAGCUGGCCGGCAGCGGCACCUACAUGCGCUUCGACGUCCCCCGGCCCAAAAUCAAGAGGAGCUGGCCCAGUUUCAGAGCCAUGCUGCUCCACCGCUACGUCGUGUCGCGGCUCAUCUGGGCCUACAUGCUGUCCAUCGCCAUGACCUACUUCAUCACGCUGUGCCUCUUCCCCGGGCUGGAGUCGGAGAUCCACAACUGCACGCUGGGGGAAUGGCUCCCCAUCCUCAUCAUGGCCAUCUUCAACCUCUCUGAUUUUGUCGGCAAGAUCCUGGCUGCCCUGCCUUAUGACUGGAGAGGAACCCACCUCCUCAUCUACUCCUGCCUCCGCGUCGUCUUCAUCCCUCUCUUCAUCAUGUGUGUCUACCCCAACGGGCAGCCCGCCUUUGGCCACCCCGCCUGGCCCUGCAUCUUCUCCCUCCUCAUGGGCAUCACCAAUGGCUACUUCGGCAGCGUCCCCAUGAUCCUGGCUGCUGGCAAAGUGAGCCCCGAGCAGCGGGAGCUGGCAGGUAGGGUCGCACCACCCUGGGGAGGCCAUGUGGGGUGGCCAUGUGGGGUGACACCCCGUGUCCCUCUCCGCAGGGAACACCAUGACCGUGUCCUACAUGACGGGCUUGACACUGGGCUCAGCCGUGGCUUAUUUUGCCUACAGCCUCACCAGUACAUCCCACAGUAGCUGUUUCUACACCGAAACCUCCAAUGGCUCCUUCCUGGGGGGGUUCUGAGCCCCGGGGCCGGGCAAUGGGGCCAGGAUGGGACCAGGCCCUGCUGCCAUCCCCCAUGGCCCUCACUGCCCAUCCAGGUGGUCCCAGGGGGCUGUGCAGGGCCACUUCUUGGGCUGAUGGCCCCCAGUGUUGUUGGUCCCUAUGUUCCCGGGGAGUCCCCCUGGGCAGUGGUGUUGGGAAGGAUCUUCUCCUGUUUGUACCCUUGCCAAGGAGCAAAAUAUAGCAGAACCCCAAAGGGAAUGGGAAUGGCACUGGGGAAGAGAGCGAGGGCGGGCUAUUGAGGAAGAGGAGCAGGGGAGGAAGGUGGCUCCAGGAUGGGCUUUGAUUGAUGGUGCUGCAGCUUUCCACUGAGGACAGCUUGAAUUCAUGACCCCCACCCUUCCCCAUGCUCCAGUCGCCAUGUAAAAGCCCCACUACCGCUGCCUGGAAAAGGAAAAAAAAAAAGUAGUUUUUUUUGUUCUUCUUCUGGGCCCUGACUCUUGUCCCCAGAUCUGUGCUGUGGGUCUGCCUGCAGGCUGCAGUGGGCUGGGGGGGAAUUGCAAUGCCCAGGCGGGGGGGGUAUCAAUGGCAAGGCACUGUGGGUGCUGCCCAGGGCCACUGCUGAGCUUCAACUUGUAUCAGUCAUGUAAAUCAAACUGAAACCAGACUACAUCUUUGCAAUGCCCCCUUCUCUUAGCUGUGCUGUUGGGCUGGGACCCCUAGCAGAUCCUUGGGAAAAAGGCUUCGGGCUAUGUGGGUACCAACUCAGCCAGGCAGGGGAGACACAAAGAAACACCAGUCCUACCCCCUCCCAAAAAUAAGAGCCAUGAGCUGUGGGCACCUCCAGCCCAGCUGCCCCCCAGGCCCUGCUGCAGAAUUCCCACUCCAAGCCCAUCCUUACCAGCAUCGCCGGCUUUGGGAUUUCCUAAUCAAUAAACACUUUUUGGUUUUGCCUUUA